AGAAUGCUAAAGAGGCACCACAUGUGCCUCCAAGCAUGCCACCCAAUAUAUUUACAUUUUAAUUUUUUUCAAUUUUCCUUUUGGGUGGCUUUUCAUCUCCCGCCCCCAAAAUUCCCAAAUCUCCAUUCUCCCGGUUCAACCUCCACAACCUCACCGUCCUUCUUCUCCGUUCUUCUUCUCUGGCAUCUGCGACGAAUCCACACCCUGUCUUGGAGCAUAAUCGCAAACGUCAAAUCCAGCUAAAGCUCCUACUCCUGAAGGAUUGAUUCCGCAUCUGCAAAACGAUGUCUUUGUUAAUCCCUAUUAGUGCUCAUUUUGGAGCUCAAUACUCAGCAAAUCUUUCUAUAUUCAAUGAUUGGAUAUUGGACUCCGUAUUUUAGAUGUCCAGAGAGAGAGCGUGUGGAGAAUUACGCCGGAUCAGCAGAUAAAAGUAGGUUCUUUAUAGAGAAUUACAAUAUAGCAUUCCGGGUACUGGACGAAGCUUUAAAGAACUGUGUAAAUGUUAAUAACAGAACUGGUACAGGAUGUAGCAGUAAUAUUGCUGUCAUUCGUGAUGUAGACGAAGAGAACCAAGGAUCUCAUGCCACCAGAACAACUAAGAAGAAGAGCGUGACAAAGAAAAGAAAGGUUUGCCUCAGAAUCAGCUCUCUGUUUGUCAACAUAGUUUUGCUACAUUAUUCUACUGCCAAUGCGCAUGCCCCCAGGUACAAUCUGAGCCCGAACUUGCAAUUGUGGACUCUCAUGAGGGUAUGCACCAGGGGCGACUUACCUCAACUGCACCAGGUCAUGAUGGGUUUUUGGGUCUCAACAGUGCAUGCCUAUGCUGGUAUUAUUCUUUCAAUAUCAAAAAUUCUACCCGCUCAAAAUUUGGAAAAUUGACAUUGAGAUCAUCAUACAAUACAUGGGCAUCUGGAUUACAGGCCAAGCUUUGGCUACAGCUUGCAGGAUGAACCUAACACGACAUCUGCUCAAUUGCAUUGCGACAAUAUUUCGCAUACGUGAGGAAAUAUCAUGAUGUAGUGCUCUCUUAGGAAAGGUUUUUGCAAACAAAGUAUUAGGAUAUGUUUGGAAUGCAGAAAUGCCAGGGAAAGAAAAUAGGGAGGACAAUAUAGUGGAACUUUUGAAAUAAUGAAAAUUUGGGGAAAAU